AUGGGACAGCAAGCCGCCGGCUGCUGUGCAGAGCUGCAUGGAGCGACAAGCCAGCAGUCUGUUCCUGGGUCGCGGGCAAAGGUUGCCGUCCAUAGCGCAGUGGAAGAUGAGCCCAUGCAGACUUUUGACCUUGACGAAAGCGCACCCGAGAAGGCCGAUCGGCCAGCCCUUCCGUGUCAGGCUGGUUUGGCGGGUGCAGCUGUAGUUAGCCCGCAGUCCUCCUUGUCGGGAAGUCUCACGAGAUUGCACAGCAAAGACAGCCGGCUCGCGGGUGGCAGUCAGCUCGAGGUGGACGAAGACAUCAUUCGUGCGGUUUCGCUGUCAACUACUCUGAGGAGCUUUGGCAGGGCGUGGCGCGUAAAUCCCCAGCGUUUGAGCCCGAGCGAGCUGAACGGAUUGUGGGAUGCAUCGGAGGAGGCAGAUGGCAUAGAUAUUUUUCUGUCGCACACGUGGUCCACACCUGGGCAUCACAAAUACUUAUCUCUGUUGCUGAGCUCUUACUGGCACUAUGCUUUGGGGGGCUGGAGCAUUGCCGCGACGUUGGUGGGCCUUCUCUAUGCAGCACGUCUAUUGCCGUCGCUGCCAUUUCAAGUCAUUUUGCCGCAGGGUCCGGUGGUUGAUAUGGCACCGUGGAUACAUGUUGUCUCACCCUGGAUCGCACUGUGUGGUUUGAUGUGUGCUCCGUACAUCUCUUGCAGCUUCUCGUCGACGACCCGCUGCUUUUUGGAUGUGGCCUGUGUCAACCAAGCAGACGAACUCCAGCAAGAGCGAGGUAUUUAUGGGAUCGGAGGAUUCCUGGCUGUGUCUCGAGAGCUGCGUGUCUUGUGGAGUCCACCCUAUCUGUCGCGUUUAUGGUGCGUCUUUGAGAUCGCAGCAUUUCGCAAGGCCAACCCACUUGGAAAGUUGGUUUUCCAGCCGCUGUUUAUUGAGCGUGACAUCCUGGUAGUUUGGCUAUGCAUGUACUUGUUCACAAGCGCGCUGCUCUUUGUCAUCGCUUCUGGAGUUCGGGACGGAAACACUCCCUUCGCCUUCUUCUUCAGCAUUUGCUGCCUUGGCAUGCUCCCGGCAGUCCACUGCGUCCGGAAAGGCUACAGGGAGCAGGAGCAGAUAUCUCAGAGUCUCAGCGAGUUUGACGUGAGUGCACUGCAAUGCUUCAGCGACUUCGAUAAGCGCUUUAUCCACUCGGCCGUGAUGCAGUGGUACGGAAGCCUUGACGAAUUCAACGUAUUCGUUCGGGGUCCUCUGAAGGAGGAGAUCUUGCAGACGAUGCUGCUGAGUCGAGUGCCGUUUCACCUCAUCAUCCUGGCCAUGAGCCCAGCUGUGGGACUUCAGUUUGAUGUGCUGGCAGGUAUCCUAACGGCAGGGCUUUCCUUUGACUAUUGGGGUAGGUGGUUAUUUGGCCAAAUCCUGACAAUAGACAUGCUGACAGCAUGUGAGCUGAAGUGCUUCUUCUGGUUAUCGAAACGGUUUGCGAAGCCGCGCUUCUCCCAUCCAGGUAUGGAUUUUGGGCAGACUAUUUUGGUGGUGAUCCUGUUCGCUUGUUGCCUGCUUCCACUUGCAGCUGUGGGCAGGGCCUACCGGGGGAGUCUGAUCGAAGCGACACUCGUGUCUCUGGCGGCCUGUGCCGUUUUUUGUGCCACCUUUAUUUGCAUGCCCCGCCUCAAGGCGCUCGGCAAAGCAAGUUGA